AUGUCAGAUAAAGAAUAUAAACCAGUAACGGUGGACAAGCCAAUCCCAAAUUCGUUUGAUUUGGGUAAUUUGGCCACUUUUGACCCAAACCCAUUGGACAAUAGUAAAUUGAAGGACUCUGCGCAAAGGAACAACUACUUGACAGAAGUCACCAGAGACAAUGUACAAUUAUUGAUAAACCAAAUUUUAUCUUUGCCAGUCAAGACGACCACAGACAACCACGAAUCAUCAUCUACGGGCCAAAAUUCCACGAUGACUUUAAUACAAUUGCCAGACCCUCUCGCCCCAUUACCUAGAGAAAAGGCCAUUCCAAAGGCCAGGGCCAUGACCAAAUGGGAGAAAUUCGCUGCUAAGAAGGGAAUCAAGUCCAAGGCCAAGGAUGGUAAGAUGGUAUACGAUGAAGAAACCGGUGAAUGGGUUCCUAAAUGGGGUUACAAGGGUAAGAACAAGGAUUUGGAUAACCAGUGGUUGGUUGAGGUUGAAGAUAAGGUUAAGAAUACUGAAAAUGAGUUGAUUGACCCUAGAACUUUGCACAGACAAGAGAGAAAGAGAUUGGUUAAGAAAAAUGAAUUGCAACAUAAGAGAAAUUUAAAGAAUGGUGCUUAA